UUAAAUUGUUUUUCCCCGUCCCGUCAAAACGUCAAAAGUGUCAAAUACGUGUUCUUCAACAGAGGCUAGAUUUGAACUUAAACAUAACGUUAACAUUUCUAUAAGUAUUUGAAUUGAACUUUUAUUCAGUUAAACAGAAUGUAUUUAUACAGUUUUUCACUUAUAGUUUUGAACGUACUUGUGCUCAUUAUUAGUGCACAAAAGGUGCCUCCAGGAGUACCGCCACAGCGUUAUCAGCAACCUCCCCCUCCACAAUACCAACCGCAAGUGCCUCAACAACAAUACCAACAACACCAAGUGCCUCAACAACAAUAUCAACAGCCCCCACCACAACAACAACAAUAUCAACAACCUCCUCCACAACAGUAUCAGCAACAACAACAAUAUCAACAGGUGCCCCAACAGGUCCCUGUACCCCAACAAAAUGUACCAGUACAGCAACAGCAACAUCACGAUCAUCACCAUAACCAUGAUCAACCUCAACAACUUUUAAAUGCUGCUAAUGUUGUCCAAGAAAAGGACCAUAUAGCUGAACAUAUGGACGUACCAAUUGAUACAAGUAAAAUGAGCGAACAAGAAUUACAAUUCCACUACUUCAAGAUGCAUGAUGCUGACAAUAAUAACAAAUUGGAUGGUUGCGAAUUAAUCAAAUCCCUUAUACAUUGGCACGAGCAAGGCAACAAAGAAAAAACUAACGAAGAGAUGAGAAUCUUCCCUGACGACGAACUGACUAAUCUCAUCGAUCCUAUUCUAAACGUGGACGAUGCUAACAAAGAUGGUUAUAUUGACUAUCCAGAAUUCAUUAGAGCUCAGCAAAAAGCGACAGGAAAACCCCAGGUUUAAUAUGGUGACGACUCGGCGAAAAGUCUAUCUGACGAGGCUAUAUCUGAUUAUGUCGAUGAAUUCCUAACUCGCAUAGAUCCCGACAAUGACGGAUACAUCAGUUAUGUAGAAUAUCGAAAGUAUGUAGACACUGUUAAAACACAGUAAUGGAAAUUUAAAUUGUUAUGGGUUUGAACUGAAAUUUCAUGGAAUUUUAUUUAGGGCAGGUUGGGGUAGAUUUGGACAUUAUUUUUCAGUAUAGGAAUAUUUUUAAGACAUAAUAUUUUAUGACAAAAUGCACAAAUCAAUAGUUGUAUCUGUUGUUUUUGAAUAGUCAUCGACAAAACUAUGAAUAACCUACGCAAACAUAGAAAAAAGCAGAUAAUACAAAGGAACAGGACCUAGUUUGUCUUUAUAAAAUGAAUAAACAAACAAGAAAUUCCAGCCCUAGUAUCAAGUUCUACUUGAGUUGGCACAGUCUUCACUAAAGCAGGUACACCUAUUGGCCCUAUAGAAUUUAUUUCUGGCAAAUCUAAACUAAACACUAAAGAAUAUUCUGCAUUUUCUAAUAAAUGAUUUUUCUCCACUUUUGCAGGCUCCCAUUAUGUGACCUUUUUUACCACACUUUUUACAAGUAAAUUGUUUAUAUUUACACUCACUGAAGAUAUAAUUUGUUUUAUUGCAUUAAUUACACUUUAUCCUCUGACUUCUCUUCUGAUUCUCCACUAUUUCUUUUCUUUUCCACUAGGGGUUCCACUUUGUUACCUUGUUCCCUUAAUGCUGUUUCCAUAUUCAAAGCAAUUCCCAGAAAAUCUUGGAAACUUUUUGAAGGCUUUCUUUGCAAAGUUUAUCUAUAUCUACAAACUUAUCUUUGACUUUGACCCUGUAUAACAAUUUGUCCUCAAAAUAGCAUUUUUUUAAGGUUUUUAACUUUCAGAUACCAAUCAUUGACAAGAUUCAUUAAUUUUGCCUUGUCCUUGUCUUAGCAUGUCAAAAAUUACCCUCCUUCGAUACACUGACAACCUAAGCUUAAAAUGAGUGCUCAAAAGAUUCAUUGUGGUUGCCAAAAAUUUGGCUGUUAUGCUAGAAAAAUAUUUAGACUCUUAUGAACACUAAGCGCAAAUUAAGAUAUCUACAGUGACGUGGUACAUACACACUUGGAUCUGUACGCCCUGAGACCCAACCAAACUCACGUCCAAAUCUGCCCUACCAUAGCCUACUUUAAAAUAUUGUUAUAUUUUUCGUUAUUUUACCGUAUCUUUAUCGUAUUUUAUGUUUUUGCUACUUUUAAAUUUUAGGUUAGAAUAAAUAUUAAAUUUUUAUCAUUCCAAACUGAAGAUAAUCUACUUUGCAGGGUUUUCAUGUAUGAAUGUAUUUAUUGUUCUCAAAUGUAACUGAUGAUGAAAUAUUUAUUCUGAAAUAUGUGUGUAAACAAUCUUAUUUUCAAUAAAAAUUUCUCCAUCUACUUAACGCACCUCGUGUGAUAUACAUAUUAUUAUGUAGUACACUUAUUUGGAUUAUGGUACUUGCUAUUAUGUAAUACUAUUGUACAUUUUUUGCAGCUUUUCAGUUCAGCAUUAAAAUGAUCUGCCACUGUUGUAAAUUUAUCAUUUUUUGUAUUCAGAAUUGCAGUAUGACAGAAUUCUUUUUUAAUUUCGUGAUAUUUGUGAACUAAACUGUUAUAAAAGGGUAAUAUGUUUUGUAUAUAUUUGAUUGGACUUUUAUACAAAUUUUGAAAAAAUGUUUUAAUUUAAA